AUGGAGGAUAUGGAAGAGGAUCGGCCUGGACCGACAUGGUCGAUGGACCGGGCACCCUCGCCUCCUGAGUCUUUCGAGGAUGAGAUACAGACGGUUAACAGAUCAGAGGAUCAGGACGGAACGGAGGAGUGCGGCGUGACUGAUUUGCUAGACCAGGACCUUGAUCCCUCUUGGCUAUACGAGAAUAUCGAAACGCAUGUCAUGAGCCUGGCAACAUUCAUGGGGUCCGCUUCGCAACUGUUCGGACCAGGAAAAUCGGUGCAGCGGGCGACCAACUACAUGCUCUGUGAUCGUUGGACAAGGGCGGAUGGAAGCAUGAACAAGCUCAUCAAGGUGGAUGUUGAAUAUGCGGAAGAUUUCCUGGAGCAUGAGUUCGACCCGGGGAGCAUCCGGUUCAGGCGGGACAUCGACUCCAUCAUCAGAUAUUCUCAGCAGCUGGACAUCCUGGCCAGCGUAAAGGUGCACUGUUCUGUGCCCGCGCACACGAUCCCGAACAUGCUCCUUGGGACGUUCAGUUCUCAGGGCAAGAUAGUUGUUCUGUUUCCAGGGCUGUGGUCCGCGAGCGUGAAACUGGGGGACAGGUGGAUUCCCACCGCGAUAGUGGAGCAAUUCUACAACCUCGUACUAGCAGCUCCCUCCCUUCGGGAGCUGAACGAAGGGCAGGUGCACAUCCUGGCCAUGUACAGUGCAGCGAUGGCGAACCAAAGGGACGAGGGAGGACAGAUGCACUGGCACAGCAUCAACAUGUCUGCCAAUUGCAUGAAGGAUUUCGGGGAAAUGCUGAAAACCCGAGCCAACAGCCUGGAGCAGGCGGCAUUCUGUGACCUCUGGUUCAUGUUCGAGGUGAAAGGGUCCAAAGAUGAAUUUGUGCACGAGCUGCAAGAAAUGGAAAUAGCGUCCAAGUUUAUAGAAGCGACGAGCUGGAUUGGACCGGACACGAGGGCAAAUGACCAGUGGUGGAUAGACAUCGAGGUGGAGAUGUACUGCCCGGGGCACUGCCUGAAGAUCCACACCGGCAAGCACAGUGAAAUUCUCUGGUGCAUGUUUCCGGAGCUGGGGACGCAGGCACACAGAGGGAAGGUGAAAGAGGCUUUGGACCAUCCUCAAUUCAUCAGGGAUUACGCGGGACAACUGGAACAACUGGCCGGAUUCCGUUGGCAACCCCGCAAGUGUGACAAAGAAGUGUUCAACAGCACGCAUAUGUGCAGACGUAUCACAUGGACCAGGUGUUGA